CAGUGAGUGAGUGAGAGUGAGUGGGAGGGAGGGCGGCAGUCAGAAACAAGCAAACUAAUUCUCACCGAGGAACAGACAGUCGUGCCAGAGCAGGAGCUGCGCUUACUUCACCACCUUCUGGCGCUCUCUGUGUAUCUUCAAAGCAUCAGUGGGUGUUUUUUUUUUAGCCCGCACGAGACCAGGUACUAACUAGGACCAGAGUUUUCCAUUUUGGAUAGGGGGCUGCAGACACACGCAACCCACACUUCUCCAAGCCGAGACAAUUAAGGUGAAUGCCGCCAUGCCAUUUGGGUGCCUUGCCCUGCGAGAUGGGCGAGCUUACGAUAGCAUAUCGGAUGUCACAGACAAGUAUGAGAUCGGACAGGUCCUCCGAGCGAAGGAGUUCUGCGAGCUCUGCCUGGCUAAGGACCGACAGACAGACAAGGUGUUCGUCUGCAAGAAAUUCCUCAAGAAAGACGGCAGGAAAGUCCGCAAGGCUGCCAAGAACGAGAUCAUGAUCCUGAAAUUGGUCAACCAUCCCAACAUCCUUCAACUGAUUGACACAUUCGAGACUCGGAAAGAAUACUUCAUCAUCCAGGAACUCGCCACAGGAGGAGAUGUAUUCGACUGGAUUCUGGACCAGGGGAAUUACACAGAGAGAGACGCAUCCAAUGUCAUCAGACAAGUCCUGGAGGCUGUGGCGUACCUACACUCCCUCAACAUAGUUCACAGGAACUUGAAGCUGGAAAACCUAAUGUACUACACAGAAAAUAACCACAACAAAGUAGUGCUGCGAGAUUUUUACCUGUCCAGGUUUGAGAAUGGGCCAAUUACAGAACCCUGUGGAACACCAGAAUACCUGGCUCCUGAAGUAGUGGCUCGUCACCGAUAUGGUCGCCCUGUGGACUGCUGGGCUGUGGGUGUCAUUAUGUUCAUACUUUUAUCAGGUAACCCUCCUUUUUAUGAUGAGACAGAGGAGGAGAACACAGAUCUACACAAUCGCAUCAUUUUCUGUCGCAUUGUUGCCGGUGACUUUGAGUUUGAUUCUCCGUACUGGGAUGACAUUUCACCUGCAGCCAAAGAGCUCGUCUGUCGACUCAUGGAGGUGGACCAGAUGCUGAGAAUCACUGCACAGGAUGCACUAUGGCAUGAAUGGAUUGCGGGGAAUGGUGCAUCAGAGAAAAACCUAAAGGACGGCGUGUGUGCCCAGUUUGAAAAGAACUUUGCAAAGGCCAAAUGGCGGGUAAGAGCGCACUCAAUCCGUGUCACAACCUUCAUGCAACGCCUGAAGAAUUCAGAGGCUCUGAUUGACAGUUCAGCUGAGGUUCAGGGCGGUGAAGAGGCCGGAGAUUGUGAAGGGGGUGUGUCGCAGGGGACAAGUGAUGAGGGAGACAAAGGGACGAGUGACGGAGGGGUGACAUCAAGUAGUGUGUCUUUAGAGGUUACUGUGGAGAGUACACCUGCAGGUUUGUACCAGGAUGAAGGGAGGAGUAAAGUUGUAGAAAAACAGGGUGAGGUUGAAGCAAGCAUAGGUCCAUGUGUCGGAACUUCCCCAUCAGAUAUUCAGCAACCUCUCUGUCAGCAAUCAGACGCAGCUGCUAAACUCCCUCAGGAGGAGCAAUGUAAAAUUGGUGCAAAGAAAGCAGCAGGUGAUGGAGCCAGAAAAAUUGCUGCCAAUUUGAGUCAAAAUAAAGUUGCACCAGAAUCCAAACCAUCCCCCAUGAAAACACAGGACCCCUCAAAGCUGUCUGACAGUUCUUCAGACAAAAAACACACAUCUGCCUCCCCUGAUCCCAGCGGCAACCGGAAGAUUGCCGCAACACUCCAAAGUCCUCACCUUGCCGGCUCUGCUGCUGCUUCAGCCUCACCAGAGAAGAGGCCAGGGAUGCAUAGGGAUGACAUCGAUGGAAGCUGGUGUCAGACACAAGUACCUGAGGCAGUGGCAGAGAGGUCAGUGGUGGCAACUGUUACCCCAGCGGUAGGACCUGCAGCUGGGGCAGAUGUAGAGCUAGGAGUUAGGCUAAGGAGUGAUGUUAGCCCCAUGAGUAGAAGGGACAGGGAGGCCAGGAGAGCAGACAGGUACAGUGCUGAGUUUAGCAUAGCAAGGGCAAGUCCUCCUACAGGACAGGCUUGUUAUACAGUAGGCAGCUCCGCUAGUUUGGGCCGCCAUUCUACACCAUACAACCCAGAGGUUGGGUCUGUAGGGAUGGGGAUAGCAGGGGGCUACGGAAGUCCAUACAGCUCCCUGUAUACAAGCGGAGCAGGGUUAGGGAUGUAUGGAACUGGGCUACAGCAUACAGCAGGAGGGAGCAGCACCACAAGCGACUGGCAAAUGGACAGCGUCAUCGAGCAGAUCGAAAAGCAAAUGGCUGCAGUGCUGGAGAAGAUUGAGGGAGACAUGCCCUCUCUGCUGGAGCAAAUCAGUGACUGCCCCAUCGAAUCACCGCGUGCCCGGAGCACACACGCCUCACCUGCCAGCUCCCGCGCUCGCUCUUCACAACACUCCAUGACCACGACCUUAUCCACUCCUCCGCCACUUCCAACCUCACCCAGGCCUGCACUGCCUUCUCUCCCUCGCCUUACUAUCCCUCCCCCUUCCUACCCUCCACCCUCUCCCCCCACACAAUCCUCACCCCAGGCUGUUGGAGAGCAGGACGACGGGGAUGGACAGAGGGAUGCUGCUCGCUCCUGCCAGUCCCCGAGAGCAGGGAUGGGCAGGGGGCUAUGAAGUAGCUGUAAAUGAUGAGGCAACAUUGAACAUUGAUUAAUAGUUUAAACAUAAGGGUUUAGAGACUGUGUCUCACCCAGACUUAUCAUUCACUUGCUCACCAGGAGAAAUGUAACCAUGGAGUGUUGUUUAGUUUGGUGAAUCUUGUUAAAGAGAAAUCUUAUGGGGGUUGUGUAUUGUAUUUCUUUCCACAACAGCUGCAGAGCAAAAAGGUUCAUUUGCAUUUGAAAUCCAGAUUGUGUGCAUGAAUGCUCACCACACAUCCUCCACACAUCUUGUUAAAUAUAAAUUACAAAAGUGAGAACAGUGUGGUAAAGUUCUCAGCUAAUGGUGAGAGUUAACAGCUGAGGAAGUGUUAUGAUUUGUGUUAUUUGUUUCAAACUGUAAAUACAUACAACAACUGGGUUCCUUAGUCUUUCUCUUUUCUCCCAUGUUGUUAACUUCCUCACAUUUAAACUGACAUGUACUUUUUUUUUUUUAAAUCAGUUCUUCCCAUUUGAUUAUUUUCUGCUCAUUUUUAUUUAUGUAGCUAUGCAUCCUGUAAAGCGGGGCUGCAAAAUUGUGACUUUGAUGUCACUUAGUUGUACAGAAAAAUAUUAAAAAUGAACAGAUUGCACCUUUCUAUUGGCUCCUAGAGAUUGAGAGAUGUUUUGUUACAUACAGUAGUGUAUUCAAACUUGAACUACCAUUAAAAGUCUUGUGAGAUGCUUUACGUCUGCUGGAGAGUGAAGGAACAUCUUUAGAUAAAGAUAUUGUAUAAAGGCUUUUCAUAGCAAAUGCUCUGUUAUUUCUAGGUGACCCAAAUGUUUUGCCCAAUAAGUUUUGUUUUUAUUUUCCUCCCACUUAUUUAAUUUGGUACCGAUGUACUGUCUAUAUUUGCUCCUUUUAACAUGUAAACAAGUCUUUAUUAAAUUCAUUAUGCCUUUGGAUCUAGCCUAUGUAAUACCAGGUCCUGUGCUGUUAUCCUGAACAAGUCAAUACAUACAUUUUUCUGUCCCUGUGUCAACUGUGCUCUGUUUGCAAGACUUUCAAUAAAAGUUAGAGACA